AUGGCGUCAAAACAGCGUCUGACGCUCGCGUCCAUGUGGGCCUUUGAGGCCAUUGGGGUGGAGGAGGUCGCUGAGGGGAUUAGGCAUCUUGAACUUACAUGCGAAUACAAUAAGUCUGGUGAUGUGCUGGAGGUCAAGGGAAACCUGGAGAACUGCAGGCCUAAGCUGGCAAAGGUUGUCUCGGCAUUCAUUGAUGGCCAGAAGGACAAGGAUCUUCUUGAUAUGCCUCGCAUUAGCCAGCUUGAUGACUCCGCUCCCCUCCAAGAUGCUAGCAUGGCCGGCUCGGAUGAAGAUGACCAGGGUCUUCUGGCUUUGGAUGACGGCUCGGAUGAGGUGUUGGUCUCCCAUUCACGCCCCCGAGUUACCAAGAUCUGGCUAUCCUCUACCGGAGGUGCGGGUUGCUUUGCAGCCAAUAGUUUCCAGGAGUUCAUUAGUCAAAUAGCGACGUUGACUGGAACUGAGAUUGUCAUUAUCGGAGAAGAUGGCGCUCAGGUCAUGGGAAAGGAUUUGGCAGACGUUGAGGAUGCUCUAGCAAAACUCUCUCGCAUUGAGAGUGCAUUGACCUUCAUUAAGAAGCCAAAUGUGAUAAACUUCAAUGCCUCUCCACCUAAUGAUGAACUCCGGUUCCGCAUCCAGAACUAUGGCAGUCUAAACCAGGUGGCUCUUAGUCGAAUCCUGGCCGAUCCGAGUAUGCCUGGCAGCUCGGAUCUCGGUCAGAUGUUCGUCACCGUCCUCCUCUCUUAUGAUAAAGAGGUUCAGACGUUCAAAGAGCCUGCCAACAUUCUCAACCCGCCACAUGUGACAGAGGAGCCUGGGAAGUCUCGCAUCUGGAACGACUUUACAUUCCCGGAGAUCGGAAAGGGCGAUGAGUACCUGGCCAUGGAGGCAGUCGAUGAGCGUGUUGCCGUGAAUCGUCAGGUGACGGAUUCCUCCAUCUCAGCAGCACACCCUUACCUCACUGCAGAAAAGGCAAAGCAGGUGAACCAGUGGGUUGUUGAGAGGGUUGAAAUGGAAGAGCCGGUUCCUGCCGCUGAAACUGAGACUCAUACUGAAGUUGAGCCUCGCGAUAUUCCUCGUCCUGUCCCUCGCCCUGAACCAGCUCGUACGGGAAGCCCUGCUCCUGCGGUCAAGAGACCGCCUGGUAUAAUGGCACGGAGAGCCAUCCCCGCGAGCGGAAGGCAGCCUGCCCCUACCGAAUCUAAGCCGAUGAAGACCCAAAAUCCAGCCCCUGAAGAAGAGCCUCCCACCCCUCGCAGGAAAUGGAAGAUGAUUUACAAUGCUGAAGGUGCUACUACAAGGCAGACAGCGGAUGCUCGGCAGGAGACGACCUCGACAAACGCGGACACUCCGAUACAGGAGAAGAGGAUCGGUCUUCCUCCAAGCUUCGAUGUUACCAAGUAUGGUCUCAAGAACCCCAGAAGCCCACCUCAACCUCAGCCGGUUAAGAGUUCGUGGGGAAGGUGCCAGAGUAAACGAACCACUUCAGCCCGGGCACCGUCAGGUGAGAAGAAAUCCGGUAAACGGAAUGAGCUCAUUGACGUGUUUGGGCCGGUGACUCCUGCGCCUACCUUGCUUCCAACCGGAACGUCCUCCAAUAUCGUCAAACCCUUAGAGCCCCAGCCAUCGACCAAUGUGCUUGCUCUGGGAAUAAGCGAUAACUCUCUUGACCUUGCUGGUUUGACUUUCGAGACUUUUCCCAUUCCCUUGGAGCCUGGCAAUUCAGCAUCGGUCCCAGGAGCGACUCCUAGCAGUGACGAGCCGCAAUUCCCCAUCGAUGACAGGCCUUUUCCCAGCAACGAAAAAGCAGGCUUGUCCAGUAAUGAAAGAUCAGGCUUGUCUAGCGGCGAAAGCGUCUCCGAGCAGGCAAGAAGACUGGCUUCUUUGAGCAGGAUGUACACGGAGAGUAAGGACACUGCAUCUGUUCUGGCGGAAAGUGCCCAUGAUGAUCGCCCGACUUCGCGCCAGAAACAUAUGGAUAUGGCUCACGAUAAAGUCUUCGAGCUUAAUAGGACCCACAAAACGGAAACACGGUCUGAUGACGAGGUUGUGUCUCGAAACUUUCAUCGCACGAUGAGUCACAAGGCACCCAAAGCAGCGUCUAGCAAGGGCAAAACAAAAGCCGAGACCAAGGCAAAGAAACAGGCAACGCUCGAAGAUGCUUGGGGGAUUUUCAAGAAGCCACUGAAGAAACCGCCUAGUGAUAGUUCGAAGCCUCGGCCCAUUCCUGCCCCAGGCAAAGACGCAAAGACGGCACCGGCAAUCCAGGAGAAUGACGAAAAGGAGAAGACUGAAACGGACAAGGACGUGGAUGAGCACAUCCGAAAGGUCUAUGAGGCCUUGAAACCUACUUUGGAAGCCGCCGAGUCCUUUCCUGGGGCGAUGACAUUGGAGAUUCAGAUCGGAUUGCUCUUGGUACCACUUCUCCCGAAAACCUACAGCGGCAGAUUGAUAUCUUUCGGUGAAUGGAUGAAAACAUUCCAGCCACAGAAUGGUCUAGCUGCCCCCACGACGAAGUUCUUCGGUAGAGUUACAACGUCGGGUGCUGAUGCCGAUCACUUUGUCGCCCUCAGAACAUCUAAAGCAGAAGGAAAGCGCCGCAUGUUCGAACAGGACGAGAGUGAAUACAGCGUCUCAUAUGAAUACCACUGCCGAACCAAAGCCGGCCAGCUGUUCGUCAUAGUUAUUGACGAACAAGGCAACUUCUCUGUCAGGCAGCCAGUUGUGCCUAUUGGAGGAGUGAACUUGCAUUUUCCUGGGAACACCUGGGAUGCGAACGUGGUUGUCAAUCGCGUGGGUGAGUAUCUUCCGGGGAGCAACGUGGGUUUUUAUGAAGCUGCCCAGCAUAUGAUCGACCAUCUCUGGGUGCAGCCUGGCCGGUCACUUCUCCGCAUCUUUACUCGUCUGCCUGAAGGUGGAAAGGUGACUAUUGACAAGGUGUUCAUGAAACGUUGGACUCGGCAUAGGUACAUUCGCUCCGAGGAGGAUCCCUCGAAGGAUCCGAAUGACCAGAAUAUCUUCCUGCAGAUCACGGAAGUGCAAGAUCUUCUGAUCGGAACCUCUCCUGCGGAUGCCCAGGCAGUGCGCGCACGCGCAGCAGGGCUGCAAGAUAUGAUCCGGAGGGGACGCCUCUGGUAUGAGGUAUCCCUAGUCAGCCCCGGGAUCGAGUCUCUGUUGAGAAGCAACGCAGAUCUCGAAGUGGGUGAGCGUGCGGAAGACUGGCGCAGCGCUGACCUGCUCGGAAGAGACGCUGUCCUUGCCGGAGAGCCCACCCCAAUCACGCCUGUCGCAACAGCCAUUGGAGCGGGUGGUCUUGGGGAUCUUCUCCGCCUUACUCACCAGGUCAUGAGAAAGGCCGAUGGUGUCGGCUAUUGGAACGAGGGACCUGCCGCCGUCUUCGAGAUGGCCGAAUCCCUUGCUCCCGCGACUUUGCCUGACAACGCCAUUGUAUCGAAAGGCCAAGAGUUCGAGGACAUUGAGAGUAUCAAAGAGGCGGGAAGCGCGGAUAUCGUGGUUCUGAAUCCUAGAGUGCCGUCCGUGACUAUGGAACAGGUGGUGGAGCGAGAGUUUUGGUGA